GCGCGGAAGUUCGUUUUAGUCACUGAAUUCUCCAGAGUAUCAAAAAAGGGAAUUAAAGGAAAAAAUAAUCACCAGGGGUACCGAGCUAUGAAGGGCCCGCAAAUAUGACGCAUCACGGAACCUCGGCACGGUACAGAUUUGUCCCGAUGGGUCGAAGAGUAGGGCUUAAUCAGUUAGUCGAUAGGCAAAUUGGCUUAUGAGUCCGUCAGCGAUGUGUGGUUUAGAACGGGCGGUCCCUCGCCGGUGCUGUUUCGCGAUCCGUUAGUCGUUGGCCUCGUCCUCGUGUCCCGUCGUCGGGUGUUUUAGAAGUUAAUUUUAAUAAGUAAUUAAGUAAUAGAAAUCCGCAAACAGUGAGACGAAAGGAUAGCUCUUUUUGAUUUCUGAGGACCGUUUUUUCACGAAUCGGCGACGUAGGGUAGGUCCAGAAACCAGCGGAAUAUACAAGUUGACAAUCGUGAUGUCGGUUGGAAAAAAGUGCGAAACUAAGACUGGCCGAGAGCCGUGAAUUCCUAAACCGGAUCCAAGCUCGUUACAAUUACGUCUGACAGUAUCGAAGCCUCCUGGAGAACGGAUCUGGAGAACCUCGAUCACGCGGUAAAACUACGAAUCCCCCGUUACCGGAUUGCGGGAAAAACGGUUACGCCGAAGCUGCGCAGGGAUGAGGAGUCGAUCCGUUGUAGUUUUGUGCUGCUACCUUUACACCCUCUUUGACAUUGCAGCGUUGCACUUUCCAGACCUGGAGCUAGAGGAGUACGGUAGGAAAGAGGCGUCUUUAUCCCUAAGAGACAUCCUGCCCCUGAACCCGAAACAGUACGACAAGCACAGGGCGCCCAAGUAUCUAGGACAGCCAACUGUGGUGUAUUUUCACGUAACUGUACUGAGCCUGGAUUCAAUAAACGAGGAGUCUAUGACGUAUGUUGCAGACAUAUUUCUGGCCCAGAGCUGGCGAGACUCACGUCUCAGACUGCCCGAAAAUAUGUCAGAAGAAUAUCGAAUCCUCGACGUCGACUGGCUCCACAACAUUUGGCGACCAGACUGCUUCUUCAAAAAUGCGAAGAAGGUCACCUUUCACGAAAUGUCCAUACCCAAUCACUACCUUUGGCUUUACCAUGACAAAACCCUCCUCUACAUGUCCAAACUCACCCUGGUACUCUCGUGCGCCAUGAAGUUCGAAUCUUACCCGCACGACACGCAAUACUGUUCUAUGAUGAUCGAGAGCCUUUCCCACACGACGCAGGACCUGGUGUUUGUCUGGAAUAUGACUGACCCGCUGGUGGUGAACCCUGAGAUAGAGCUCCCACAGUUGGACAUAUCGAACAAUUACACAACCGACUGUACGAUCGAGUACUCGACCGGGAACUUCACCUGCAUUCAAAUAGUAUUUAAUUUGCGAAGAAGAUUGGGUUACCAUCUAUUUCACACUUACAUACCGUCCGCCUUGAUCGUCGUCAUGUCCUGGAUCGCCUUUUGGAUUAAGCCUGAGGCAAUUCCGGCCCGAGUCACCCUGGGCGUUACGUCGCUUUUGACUCUGGCAACGCAGAAUACUCAGUCCCAGCAGUCGCUGCCUCCUGUUUCGUACGUCAAAGCCAUCGACGUAUGGAUGUCUUCCUGUAGUGUAUUCGUAUUUUUAUCACUGAUGGAGUUCGCGGUAGUGAACAACUACAUGGGACCCAUUGCCACCAAAGCGAUGAAGGGCUACUCGGACGAAGACCUGCGAGAAGCCAUCGACGAGUUCAAGACGCCAAUGCGGUCGGACUCUGAGAGAAGCAGAAGUCCGGGUCGGCCGCCUACGGUGCAGUACGAGACUUGCUGCCAAGGUCGAGCGACUGCUAUCUACAUCGACAAGGUGUCGAGGUUCUUCUUCCCGUUUUCAUUCUUCAUCUUAAACGUCGUAUACUGGAGUACCUUCCUCUAGCCCGAGCUCCUUGACUUUUCUUAAUCUAUUGUCAUUACUCUGCGGCGUUUUCAAACUACACUUACCAUUGCCGAGUAAGCGCAACAGUGGUUAUACGAUCAACUUACGUAUACUUCUACUACAUCACCAACAUACGGCGAUAUAUAUUUAAUUAUACAAUCAUUGAUCCGGCAAGUUUGGACAAACUGUAAAUUAUAUGUAAAGGAGUAGCAGACUUACCGAUGUGUUCUAUAAAAGUCCAGGCUGAUUAUAAAUAAAUUGCUUGGAUUAUUUUUACGUUUCAUGCAUUAAAAUUUACGUCAAAUUUACGAUUCCUCGACUCACAAGUUUUCAUAAUUGCGUACAAAAAUAUUAUACAAUAAUUCUACCAACGUUGGAAAGGACACGAAAUGCAUGAGGCGUGGAUAUAGACAAUACUUUAUUUCCAUGUAUAUUCUUCUUGCCGGUUGUUUAUAUAUGUAUAAUAUAUAUACACAUUUAUAAUUUAUAUAAAUAUGGAUGUAUAAUAUAUUUAUAUAAAUGAUAAUAAUAAUAAUAAUAAUAAUAAUAAUAAUAAUAAUAAUUUUAAUAAUAAAUAUGGUGACGAUGGGUGAGGAUGACUAUGGCGACGAUGAUGAUAACGAUAAUGGUAUAAUUACAAGAAUAAUAAGAGUAACAAUAAUGGUAAUAAUUAAUUAACGGUAAUAGUUGUAACAAAUAAUAUAACUUUGUUAAUAUAAUUGAUAAAUAUGGUUCCAUUAGUGCGCACCAUCCCUGCAUAUUUGAGACCUGUGACACCUGUGGCACCUGCGCCCCGUCGAGAUUUAAUCAAAGACGGCUGGUCCU